AUGGCUGGAUCCAAGGUCCUAGUAUUAGGUGGCACUGGACCUGCUGGGAUUUGCUUGUUAAGGGAACUUCUCUGGCGCAAGCAUGCUGUGGUGGCGUUUGCGAGGGAUCCUGCAAAGAUCCCAGACGACUUGAUGUCGAAUCCUCUCCUCAAGGCAAUUAAAGGAGAAUUAUCAGACAAGAAUGCCCUCGAGGCUGCAGUCUCAGAGUGCAGCGUUGUUGUGUCCCUCCUCGGGCCUAACACGCUCCGCUAUAUCAACCCAGCAACCUUCACCGGCUUCUACGAGACGCUCUUCGAAACAAUGCGGACGCACGGCGUGCGUCGCAUCUUCGCCAUGAGCACGCUCUCAUACGAACAGCCCAACGACCGAUUCUCCGCGAUCCGCUGGCUCCUCGUCGCGCUCGUGUUCUUCGUGGCCCACUUCGGCUGGCGAACCGCGCGAGGCAUCGGGCGGGUGUUUGAAGAGCACGCCGCAGGCCUCGACUGGACGGUGUUUCGCAUCGCCGGCAUCGAGGGGGGCAGCGACGAAGACUCCUGGAAGACGGGCAGAGAGGACGGCGAGGUGUACGAGGGUUGGAUCGGGCAAAUGGGCUGGAGCGCUAGCCAGAACAGGGCGGCGCUGACGCGAUGGCUGGUCGAUGCUGUGGAGGAUGGCAAGGCACAGUGGAUUAGGAAGAUGCCUGCCGUGAGUAGGCGGGCGGGAGGUGCCAAGGCGGAACCAUCAUGA